AUGAGCCCAUCAGAAUAUCAGAAAAAUAGUGGUGAUUUAGAUUUUUGUGCGUCACGCAUAGAGGUUGUCUUUGAAGAAACAAGCGACAUUUGGAUUAAUUUACCUCCCACUAAGCUUAUCAUCACUUCUGAGAGAACUGGAUUUCGUCAUCUUUAUCUCGUGACCAAGCCUUCUGCUGAAUCUUCGCACUAUCACGUUAGACCUAUUACUGCUGGAGAUUGGCCUAUCGUAGAUAGACCGAUAUAUGUCGAUACCAAAAGAGAACUUGUCUAUUUUACUGCCAAAAAGGAUACGCCGCUGGAAGCUCAUAUAUAUGUAGCUAGUUAUGCCGAAACUGCAGAUCCUCAUUCAGUGAUACGGCUCUCAGAACUAGGUUACAGCCAUUUUGUGGUGAUGGAUGAAAAAUGUGAGAGAUAUCUAGAUUGGUUUUCCAAUAUAAAGGAAAAACCAAAAUGCGGGGUUCGAUAUUUCGAAUGGGAUGAAGGGCAAAUAUUUCCCAAAGUAAGUGAAACAUUAGGAAUCUUUGUGAAAGGCGGAAAUGAAGAAGAGGAAGUAAGGAGUAAUGAAGAUAAACGACAAAAUGAACGAAUUCCUACAGGUGAAUUUUUUAAUUUUAAAAAUAGCGAUGGAGUAACAAUUUAUGGAUGUUUAUACCGGCCGACAAACUAUAUUCAAGGGAAGAAAUAUCCCACUCUUCUAAGCAUAUACGGUGGACCUAAAUCGCAGAUGGUAACCAAUGAUUAUAAAUACCCACGACUUCUUCGGUUAUUUCUUGCAGUUCAUCUUGGUUUUUCUGUUGUUUUGAUUGAUGGCCGUGGGUCCUCAGAUCGGGGUUUAGCAUUUGAAUCUUAUCUUAAGGGUCGUAUGGGCACUGUUGAAUUAGAUGAUCAAAUUGCUGGAUUAAAAUAUUUAUCUUCAAUGAAUAUGGGUAUUGAUUUGGAAAGAGUUGCUAUCACUGGUUGGAGUUAUGGUGGGUAUUUAAGUUUAAUGGCACUCGCACAGCAUCCACAGAUUUUCAAAUUGGCCAUUGCGGGGGCGCCAGUAACGCAAUGGGAACUUUACGACACUGCCUACACAGAACGUUAUAUGGGACUUCCAGGAGAAAAUGUUGAAGGCUAUCACAAAGGGAAUGUAUUAACAUGGGCAGAAAAAUUUCCUGACGGGUUAGUCUCCUAUAAUUUAUGCAAAGCAGUUAUAACCAGAGCAUUAUUUAUAUUUCGUGAAUUAUCUGAUUUUUGA